GGGAGGCUGGCGGUCGAGCACAAGGGCGAGAUGGAGAUUGAGGGCAAGUACCGCGAGAUGCUCGCGCAGAGCGCGGGCAAGGGCGCCUCCUCGUGGCUCGCGGCGGCGGCCGAGCGCGCGGCGGCGGCGAGGGAGGUGCAGCUGCAGCGGGAGGCGGCGCUGGCCGAGGGGCAGGCCUUGCAGGCACACGCCAUGUCGAUGUCGAUGGGCGCGAGUGCGGCUCUGCACCCCGUACUGCAGCAGCACCACCACCAGCAGUACCAGCAGUACCAGCAGCAUCCUGGGCAGGCGCUGCUGCAGCGCCUGCAAGCGUCCCGUGCAGCGACGUUGGCGGCAUUCGGGCCGGCGGUGCCGUCUCUGUAUGUCGCGCAGCCGCAGCUGGCGCAGCAGCCACAGUCUCAAACGCCUUGUGUCGCCGCGCCACCGCAGCAAGGAGGGGCGACCCCGACGCUGCCCGUCGGCUGGCACAAGCUGUGGGACCCAACACACAAGGCAUACUACUACGCAAACCCCACCACCGGAUCGACGUCGUGGACGGUGCCUGCGCUCUCUUGACGCAUUGAUCGUGUUGGCGUCAUGCGGAACCGCGCCCUCGCGUCCAUGCCUCAUUUUCGGCUCACUACUUCCCUCUUGCUCCGCCCAGAGUGCUACGGCUACCGUCGGAGGGUGUGGAAAGUGGGAUAUUGUGCGUGUUUUUUUGGCGUCUCUGUCGGGUUUUCGUGUCCCGUGUCAACGUUCUUCACAAAGGCCUGGCGC